AUGGCGAUGUCGGCAGAGGUGAAAGAAGAAAAGUUGAAAGAAGAUUUUGAUGAUCUGCUCACUUGUACAAUCUGUUUGGAGAUUUUCAAAGAACCUAAGUAUCUGUCGUGUCUGCAUACGUUUUGUAAGUCCUGUAUUAAUACGUUUAUUGUUUCAACCGUGAAGGACAAUAACCCAAGUGGAUUUAAAUGUCCCGUAUGUCGUCGGUCUGUGUCAAUAGAUGAAAAUGAUAAGAAGCCUGACACUUGGGCCAAUAAAUUACCCGGGAACUAUUUUAUCGUAUCACUAAUUGAUAGAAGAGAAUUACAGAAACCCGAUAAGCUAUGUGAUACUUGCGAACAGGACAAACAGAAAGCUAUUUCCUUCUGUACUGUUUGUGAAGAGGCAUACUGUAAAACGUGCAGAAUGGCCCACAAAAUUUUCAAAAUGUCGAGGAGUCAUAAGAUAAUAUCAAUCAACGAUAUCAAUGCAGAAACUUCAAAUUUUAGUAUACAUUCGCAUGUCAAAUGUAAAGAACAUCCCGACAAGACGAUAGAAGUGUAUUGUAAAGAUCAUUCGAAACCUUGUUGUACAGUUUGUGCCACUGUCCACCACAGAAAAUGUGAACAAGUGGUGACUAUUGAUAAAGCGGUGACUGGGAUAAAAGAAUCCGGAAAAGCAAAACACCUGAUGACAAAGUUAACAGAAACGAGUAACACGUUAGGUAAAGUUCUACAAAACCAUAAAACUAAUAAAGACAAUUUUGAACACGGAAUAGAAACAGUUCUACAAGAAAUCUCAGGAUUAAGAGAAAACGUUUGUAAACAUUUAAAUAAACUCGAACAAAAACUUCGAGACGAGGCCAACAGUAGCAGGAAAGAAAAGGUUAUUAAGCUUGAUGACGAAACAACAGAUUUGUCCAGCCUAAAAUAUACAGUUGAUAACUGGAAGAGUUUAUUCGAAGCUUGUAUAUCUCAAGGAUCAGAAAUACAAUGUCUGGUCAAGAUGGACGAGAUUUUAAACAACCUUCAUCAAACUGAAAAAGACAUUUCUAAACUUUUACAUGAAAUAAGGGCUAUAUCCGUAAAGUUUGAACAUAAAGAUAUCAUUUCAGACAUUACCUCUCUCGGGAGUUUGAUUUUUGAUGAGCAACAGCCUUCUGCAUAUUCUAUUCCCGGAAGGAAGAUAGCAAAUUUUCAUACCGGAAAAAUCAGAGUAGCCUUCACAAUUGAUGUUACAGUAGUUGCUGUUAGCGGGAUAUUCUUUAAUAAUGAUAUUAUUUUGACUCAUUAUACGCAAAAGAAGAUCGUGUACUACGACCACAAAGGACAGCAACAAGAGCAGUUAGGUAUUCCUCACUAUGUAACAGACAUAACCAAAGUAGAUGAUCAAACUGUUGCCGUGUCUUCAAAUGAAAAUAAGAUAUUGGUUCUUAACGUUAAUCCGCUGGCUAUCUCUAAGACAUUAAACAUAAGCAACCAUGUGUGGGGAAUUUCUUUCUGUGAAAACGAAUUUGUCACUGCUAAUGGUCAAAAAAUAUCUUGGUUAAAUGUUGAAAAUGGUACAGUAGUUAGAAGUCAACAAACAACAGCAGACACAAGACAUGUUCAUUGCUACACGAAAAAUGAUUACAUCUACUGUGACAGCGGACAUUCUAUUAAAAGGCAGAGCAAUGACGGAAAAGGCUUUACGUAUAGUAAUACAAGUUUACAGUACCCGUAUUGCCAGGACGUUGAUAGUGACGGAAACAUUUAUACAACCGGGUAUGGUUCUAGAAACAUUCACCAGUUAACAUCUACUGGACAACUCAUGCGGAUCAUUCCCAUAUUGGAUAUAGAUAACACCAUCACAGCUAGUCCGUGGGUAAUACGGUUCCAGCCAAACAGUAACAGAUUUCUAUUAACAUUUGAUGGUAGUGCUUCCAAAGUUCUUGUGUGUGAAAUUGAUUAG